AAUACGGGAAGAGGGGCAGAGGAAGGCUGGCACGCCCAAGCUAAAGGACUGAAUGACGCCCGUCUGUUCUUUCUUCUGUGUCGGUGCGUCCUGCUUUCGGCAGACCCCAGCAAAAGAAAGAAAGCAAUCAGCGACGCACCGUGGGUGGGUAGAUCGCCUGUUUACAAAUCCUGAACUCUCUCCCGUGGGCAGAAACAGCAACAGUAGAAGAACGAAAGUGAGGCGCAUGACGAGUGAGAGAGAAAGAGACGUGGAAGAGUUGAGGCUGUGGCGGCGGCUGUGGUUGACCGGGGUCCGCGGAGGGGGCGAGGCGCUCGCCCCUGCAUGCGACUUCAGCCGCGCAUGGACGACCACCUCAGCCUCCUGCAAUCACCCCCGCCGAGCGCGACCAAAGCCCGAGGCGAUAACCUGGUAAACCACGGCUACACAGAGACAGAGGCCGACGUUAUGACGGUCGUGGCGUGUGACAACAUGCUGGAGGAGUCAGCGGCUCUGCCGGGCCACCACUCUCUGGACCGAUACGAGCCGGAUCACGAGUGCUGCGAGCGGGUGGUCAUCAAUAUCUCAGGGUUGCGCUUCGAGACGCAGCUUAAGACUCUGUCACAGUUUCCAGAGACGCUGUUAGGGGACCCCAAGAAGAGGAUGAGGUACUUUGAUCCCCUCAGGAACGAAUACUUUUUCGAUCGGAACCGACCCAGCUUUGAUGCCAUUCUGUACUACUAUCAGUCUGGGGGGCGCAUCAGGAGACCCGUUAAUGUGCCCAUUGAUAUUUUUUCUGAGGAGAUACGCUUCUACGAGCUGGGCGAGGAGGCUAUGGAGAAGUUCAGAGAGGAUGAGGGCUUUAUUAAGGAGGAGGAGCGGCCGCUGCCAGAUAAUGAGUUUCAAAGGCAGGUGUGGCUGCUCUUUGAAUACCCAGAGAGUUCGGGUCCCGCCCGAGGAAUAGCGAUCGUGUCUGUCCUGGUCAUUCUCAUCUCCAUUGUCAUUUUCUGCUUAGAGACACUACCAGAGUUCAGGGACGAGAACAGGGAACCGAUCACCAUUGCGCCUCUGAUAAAUGGCACGCUGCCCUAUUUCAUCAGCCCCUUCUCAGACCCCUUCUUCGUGGUGGAGACGCUAUGCAUCAUCUGGUUUUCAUUCGAGCUGCUGGUGCGCUUUUUUGCAUGCCCGAGUAAAGCCACGUUCUCCAAAAAUAUUAUGAACAUCAUUGACAUCGUUGCCAUCAUCCCUUACUUCAUCACCCUGGGCACAGAGCUGGCAGAGAGGCAGGGGAACGGACAGCAGGCCAUGUCUCUGGCCAUCCUGCGUGUAAUCAGGCUCGUUCGGGUGUUUCGCAUCUUCAAGCUCUCACGUCACUCCAAGGGGCUCCAGAUUUUAGGACAGACCCUUAAGGCCAGCAUGCGCGAACUGGGGCUGCUCAUCUUCUUCUUGUUCAUUGGGGUCAUCCUCUUCUCCAGUGCCGUCUACUUCGCAGAGGCGGACGACCCGGAAUCUGGGUUCAGCAGCAUCCCGGACGCGUUCUGGUGGGCGGUCGUCACCAUGACCACCGUGGGCUACGGGGACAUGCACCCCGUCACUAUCGGGGGCAAGAUUGUGGGAUCCCUAUGCGCGAUCGCCGGUGUGCUGACCAUAGCGCUACCCGUCCCCGUCAUCGUCUCCAACUUUAACUACUUCUACCACAGAGAGACCGACGGCGAGGAGCAGGCGCAGUACCUACACGUGGGAAGCUGUCAACCUCUGGCGGACUCCGAGGAGCUGAGGAAGACUCGAUCUUCCUCCUCACUCAGUAAAAGCGAGUACAUGGUGAUAGAGGAGCAUGGUAUCAACAGCGCGUUCAAGCCACAGCCAAACUUCCCCACCACAACCACUGCUCAGAAGAACUCUCAGAACUGUGUGAACAUAAACAAAAAGAUAUUCACCGACGUGUAGCCACUUUUAGAGCAAAUGACCCCUGGGCACAGGAAGACCUGAUGUGUCAACAGCUGCAGCAGCGUUUGGAACGGUAGAUAAAAUGAGCGCAAGAAUAAAUGGGCACAUUCCGUUUGUAUAAGGAGAUGAUUUGUGCUCCAUUCAAAUAAUUUGGAUAUUUUAUAUCUAUAUACGUUUAAGUAAUUCUUGCUUGAAAAACAAGAAAGCGCUCCUCUUUUAAAUCUGCUGUUGCUCUCUGAAUGAGAGGUAAUAAACAUGUCGUUUGCCGUGCAAUAGCCAGUUUGUUAAAAGCAUUACAACAGGUAGAGAUAAACGCUUGAUGACUGUGAAAGAUGAGUGCAAGUAAAAGCUCCUGACAAUGGACGCUCCUAUAUACGGUAUUAUCAUGCGUUAAGAGUCGUGAUCCGCCAUUAACAGCCUAUAGGUAUAAUAUUCGGAGUAAUUUAAAUAUAUGUGUAGCCUCUGUGUGUGGUCAAACACAUGUAAUGUCAGAUAAACAUAUUCUAACAUAUAUAUGUCAUAUAAGCCGUUUUGUGGUUUGUCUUUAUAGUGCGUUAAAGUCUAGUAAAAGAUCUCUAGAUAUAAACUGUCCCGAUAGGCUAUUUUAUGCGUAAAUGGCGUCACGUAAACCCGCAGAUCAAGGUGGCUUUCAAGGUCUCAUUAUGGGUGAAAGACACACGCGAGAAGAGAAACAAAACAGGGAGAGUCCUCUGAUCAAAGAUGGAGCGCGUUUCUCUUAUGGAAGCCUCAAAUAGAGUCCGCUGUGAUACAGUCUCCAUGGCGACACGCGUUUCCUCGGUAACCCCCCACCCCUCCGCCCCUCCGCUCACAGCACCGUUGCUAUAACAUCACUGUUUCCACAGUAACCUCCUAGAUGAUUUCGAAGUUAUAUCGGAGAUUCUAGUGGGAGGGAGCUUGUCUUUUCAGUAUCUUAAUCAAUCAGAUCAAAACAUCUCCAAAAUCAGUUAAAGGCUGUUGGUACAUAAAUAUUCAGUAAAGACUUCAGCCACACUGAACUGGUCAACUAUCGUGAGCCACAACUCAAAACGGUGUUGUGGUGGGAGAGUGGAAAGAAGAGGCAGCGUGUGAAGAAUUAUGAAUGGACUGAGAAUACGUUCCACGAAUGUCCUGAGUGCAAUACUGCGGGCGACCAGCAGAGGAUGAUGUUCUCUCACUGACAAAAAUGGUGAAAGAAUUUAUUUCUGCUCAGACUUCCUGUAUCCCCUGAUGAGCUCAUCAGUUGCUUCCCUUUAAGGGCUGCAGAGACUCCAUUCCUGGUCUGUUGGACUGGAUGGACCACAUUCUGGAAUUGAGACAACAAUCCCUGCAGAUCAGAUCUACUUCCCCUGCCGCCUUAAUUUUAACUGGUACCCUCAAACCGGACUAACAGGCUGUGACUGCCAAUUCUCCCACUGCUCAAUCCAAAAUGCAUAAUCCACAGGUACAUAACACUGUUCUCACAAAGUUUUGUAGCAUACUGUUUGGACUUGAUAUUGAAUGAAUGGAACCUUCAUCGGAUCAAAAGUAAUUCAGAUAUCCAAAAACAUUCAACUGGAUGAUUUUCAGAAAACACUGCUGUCUAAAUGACACUUAAAAGCACACAUAUAAAUCUGCCAGCAUUUUUGCAAAGCACCUUUCAGGUUAAUGGGAAUUUGAUUUGUUUUUGGGUUUUUUGUUUUUACUUUAUUUGUGAUUUUCUUUCUAAAAGGUCAUGGACACUUACAAACAAGAAUCUGACAGCAAGUGAGAAAUUGGCAAAAAACUGAGUCCAUCUGUGAUUUGACUGAUAUGAAACUGUGAUACCAAUUAAAGACUGUUAGUCAUA